AAAUGUUUGAAUGAUAUAAAGGGAACAGUAACAAAGUUUAUCAGCAUCAAGCAAACUAUGCAGGUCUUGCUGUCAAGGUCGUCAAACUGGUUGUGCAUUGAGAACUCAAACCCUCACAUGGGAGUACCAGUUUUUGGGACCAAACCCAUCCUGGAAUACGACCAAAACUAGAGAAAGGGGCUUUCACGAUUCGACGGACAUCAAAGAUGUUUUCACGUUCUCCAGUAGAUCUUGUACUAGAGCAGUCGAUAAAUGCAGAUGCCGCCUCGAGAUUAACUGGGAUUUCGUCAUUCAGUACUAAAGAAGGUGCUCGUCGACGUUGGAUGCUUACACAGACAUCUAGAAGGACUAUUGUAAAUAGUCUUCUCACAAAAUCAGGAAUGAUAUCGUACGAUAGUCCUGCACAAGAACUGAAACAGUCACGUAUUGAACGCGACAAUAACGACUUGCAAAAGCUGGUGUCUGGAAUCGAGACCAGAAUGAAUCCAUUAAGCAGUGAUUACAGAAAUGAUGAACUUAUUUGCAUCUCCACUGGCAAGAUUGUUUCCAAAGAUAUUGCAGAUGAUUUAUUGACGAUGGAGAAACAGGGAAGUGCCUGGAUGGAACAAUUUGCAAGUGGAGGCUUUCUCGACUCCUCACGAUUUGAAAAGCCUAUUCCAAGAAGGAAGGUUAAGAAUUUCGCAGAUUGUGCUAUUAAAAUGACUGUUACAAGAAAGGAUAACACCAUAAGGCAACUGACUUGUUCAAGAGAUCUGUUUGGUCGAUUGCUAUACUUGGCCACAACAAUUGAAAUAGAUCUGAAGAAAAUCUUCUCGUUUCCACUAACGCCAGUGCCACUUUCCCUAGCACAUGUUGAUGGGAGUGUAACGAAAACAGAUAAAUCGAAAUUAAUGAAGAUUCUAGAAGACAGAAUAACAAGUGAACCACCCCAAAGAAUUGACGCAACUAUCAUUGACGGCAUGUUCUUGAUUCAGACAAUGACCGCUUUGCCGAGUACAUUUGCCGAGAUAGCAAAGGUGAUAAUUUCUCGAUUGUCCGGCUUAUCUUCCCGUGUGGACUUUGUGUGUGAUACGUACAGACAUCCAUCCAUUAAAGACAUUGAAAGGACAUCGCGUAGCGCAGUUGUUGGUGGAUUCAUUGUGUCUGGUCGAGAUCAAAGAAGACCAAAGGAAUUUCAUAAAGCAUUGCGAUCAGAGUCAUUCAAGACCUCUUUUUUGGUUUUCCUGUCAGAAGAGUGGGCGAGAAAUGAAUAUGCACCAUUUUUGAAGGACUGUUGUCUCUAUUUUGGGCAUGUUACAGGUUCACGUCAGACCAGGAAACAGUUAGUCGCAUUGAAAUAG